AUGAGGAUCGCUAUAAUCGGUCAAUCUGCUUUUGGUGCUGAUGUUUUAAAAAUUUUACAAAAAAAUGGGCAUGAAAUCGUUGUUGUUUAUACGAUAAAUGAUAAAAACAAUCGCGAAGAUAUAAUUGCUUUGGAGGCGAAAAAACUUAAUAUAACUGUGAUAAAAAGAUCGAGUUGGCGAGAAAAGGAUUCCAAUGGAAAAUUACGCUUAAAAUCAGGACUACUCGACGAGUACCGAUCUCAUAAAAUUGAAUUAAAUGUACUUCCAUUUUGCACCCAAUAUAUUCCAUUAGAAAUUAUCGAUGAACCUAAAUAUAAAUCAAUUAUCUAUCAUCCUUCGUUAUUACCUGCUCAUAGAGGCGCAUCAGCAAUAAAUUGGACAUUGAUUAAAGGCGAUGAAAAGGCUGGUUUGACAGUGUUUUGGGCUGAUCAUGGCCUGGACACUGGCCCAAUACUACUUCAAAAAUCCAUAAAGAUAGAGGAAAAUGACACAUCGAGUUCUCUUUAUGCGCGAUUUUUGUACCCUGAAGGUGUAAAAGCAAUGGCUGAAGCAGUCGAGUUGAUAAAAACCGGAAAAGCACCAAAAAUCCCUCAGACUGAAAUAGGUGCGUCCUACGAAGCACCUAUCACAAUUAAGCCCGAGCUUGCCCAACUCGACUGGUCGUUGAACCAAAGAGAUGCACAUAAUUUUAUAAGAGGAAAUGAUUCGGUGCCUGGUGCAUGGAUAGUAAUUAAUGGCGAAAAAAUUACACUUCUUUCUUCGACAAUUUAUAAAGAUACACAAUUACCAAAAGACAGUAAAGCAAUUGAAAUUAAAGAAUGCCCAUCGAGAAAAAUUUUCGUUCAUUCGAAAGGUUUAUUGUUACCAACAAGUGACGAAAAAUUUGUAAGUUAG